AUGGAUGUAACAUUACAGAAACGAGGCUCAACAUUUGCUACCAACACAGAACAUACACCAGCAUUUACUACUGUUCAUAUCAUUGCUGCUGUCAUUGGCAUAGUGGGAGCCAUCGCUGUCACCAUCACAAUUUUUCUAUACUGCAAAAAGCGAAAACACGAUAGUCUAUUAAAGAUCAAGUCGGACAUCGAGCAAGAUAUGUUGCAACGUGCUCCUGCCACAAGGUUUGGGCAAUUUGCUACUGAUUUUGAUCAUUCUUCUUCUGCACCCGAACAAGUUACUCGGGUGAGUCCAAUGAUGCAACAACAUCAAUUACAGAUCAAAUUACUACAGGUGCCUACUCAUAACAGAACACUUUCAUCCUCCAACACUGUCGUACCUCCACCACCACCCUAUCAACCAUAA